AAAUAGAUUUCGAAACCUGUAAUUUGGUAUGCACUCUUACUGGAUGCAAGCUCCCUUUAUAGUUCAAUAGCUGUUCUUCUUCUUCUUCUUCUUCUUCUUCUUCUUCUUCUUCUUCUUAUCAUUGUUGCUUUUGUUAUCUAUCUACUUAUGAUGAAUGCUAAAAGCAUGAGAAAGUUUCCUCCUCUGAACUUGGUUCUCUUUGUUACCUUGGUUUCUGUAGAAACCCAUCUCUGUCUCCAAACUGAUACCAUCUCUCCUGGCCAACCUCUUAUGGCAAACCAGACCAUAGUCUCAAAAGGAGGCAACUUUGAGCUGGGUUUCUUCAGUCCUGGAGAAUCUCGAAAUUUCUAUAUUGGCAUUUGGUACAAAAAAAUCCCAAAACAAACUGUCAUCUGGGUCGCAAAUAGAGAAAGGCCUAUCUCCAACACCUCUUCCACUGAGCUGAAAAUCUCCGAAGAUGGCAACCUAGUUCUUCUUAGCCACUCCAAAAUUCCAGUAUGGUCAUCCAAGUCAAGAUCACCUGCACUGAAUUCUGCCAUCGCAGUGCUCCUUGACACUGGAAAUCUAGUUUUGAGAGACCAAUUAAAUUCUUCCAUUGUCGCUUGGCAGAGUUUUCAUCACCCUACAGACACAUGGGUACCAGAAAGCUUUAUUGGCAUGAACAAAAUCACAGGGGAAUACCAGAGUCUGACUUCAUGGAAGAAUGCUGAAGAUCCUGCUCCUGGUUUUUUCUCUGAUAGCAUCGAUCCAGCCGGGACCAGUGAGUACUUUUUGCUGUGGAAUCGAUCCCAAAGGUACUGGCGUAGUGGAGCUUGGAACGGGCAAUACUUCAGUUUGAUCCCUACAAGGAAACCACUCUUUAAGGUAAUUUUUAUUAAUGAUAAGCAGUGGAGGGGCACCACUUGCACUCUCUACAAUAGAUCAAUAAUCACACGAAUGGUGAUGGACUUGACUGGGCAGAUCAAGCAGUUUGUUUGGUUAGAUAGCUCCCAGGAAUGGCUAAUGUUCUGGGCUCAACCAACAGCGCAAUGUGAUGUCUACUCUCUCUGUGGUGCUUUUGGUAUAUGUGACCAGAGUGGCCUGCCACCCUGCAGAUGUCCACAUGGUUUCCAGCCUGCUUCCCCGACAAAUUGGAGAUUGAAUGAUUGGAGCAGUGGAUGCAAAAGAAGAACUCAACUGCAAUGCGGAGAAGAAGAUCGGUUUCUCGUGAUGCCUAACAUGCAGUGGCCUGUAAAUUCUCAGCCUUUGAAGGUUCGAAGCGAUGAAGAAUGCAAGGUAGCUUGUCUGAACAACUGCUCUUGCAAUGCUUUUGCAUAUACAUAUAGCAGUGGAUGCUUGCUUUGGAGUGGGGAGCUUCAGAAUCUUCAACAACUAUAUGAUGAUGGUGGCUCAAACAUGACUCUUUUAUCUCCGUCUUGCAGCCUCAGAGCUGAUAACUUCCGGCCGUAGCAUAAAACAGUGUAUGUGGUUGCUGCAGUGGCACUGGUUGGGGUUCUUAUCAUUCUUGUGGGUCUAGCCUGGAUAUAUCACAGAAGAAGGGUAACCAACUCCAUGAAAGAGUUAGAAGGCUCCCUAGUUUUGUUCACUUAUGCCGACUUGCGACGUGCGACCAGGAACUUCUCCGAGAUGUUGGGGGGAGGAGGCUUUGGCUCAGUUUAUAAAGGAUCAUUGCCAGACUCCACCGUCGUGGCUGUGAAGAAACUCGAAGGCCUCAGACAAGGGGAGAAGCAAUUUCGCACUGAAGUUAGCACAUUGGGAUCGAUUCAGCAUGUCAAUCUGAUUCGACUCCAUGGAUUCUGCUCCGAAGGUACCAAAAAGUUGUUGGUUUAUGAGUUCAUGCCAAAUGGAUCCUUGAAUUCUUAUCUCUCCCAUAAUAACUGUAUGUUCUUAAAUUGGAGAGCUAGAUAUGAAAUUUUCCUUGGGAUUGCCCGAGGAUUGGCCUAUCUCCAUGAAGAAUGUAUUGGGUGCAUUAUACACUGUGACAUCAAGCCAGAGAACAUACUUCUCGAUGCCCAGCUCCGUCCCAAAGUUGCAGAUUUUGGUAUGGCAAAGCUCGUAGGCCGGGACUUCAGCCGGGUACUAACAACCAUGAGGGGAACCAUAGGCUAUUUGGCACCGGAAUGGAUAUCAGGCCUGCCCAUCACUACGAAAGCCGACGUUUAUAGUUUCGGUAUGAUGCUUUUGGAGUUGAUAUCUGGCAGGAGAAACAAUGAUCAUCCAGAAGUUGGAGAGGGCGGCUUUUUCCCUGCAUGGGCUGCAAGUAGAGUUGUGCAGGGUAAAUUCCUCAGUUUAUUGGAUGCGAAACUGGAGGAUGAUGCGAACAUGGAUGAACUGAGCAGAGCUUGUAAAGUUGCCUGUUGGUGCGUCCAGGAUUCAGAAGCUCAUAGGCCUUCCAUGGGGCAGGUUGUUAGUAUCCUGGAAGGUUUCGCAGAGGUAAACAUGCCUCCUGUUCCACAAGCUUUUCAACAUCUCCUAGAAAAUCAAAAAUCAACUGUCUUCUUUUCUGGAUUAUCAUCCGUUUAAUAGCUUCACUUCAUGCAAAUUAUCCUAGUUAUUCUUAUGCUUGCAUCAUGUAGUCAUAAAGAUUUUAGAUUUUUAAAUCCGGACCAAUUUGGUACUCCUGUUCGAUCAGUGUAAGUUGUACGAGUACAAAAGAAAAAGAGUUUGUCUGAUGUAUUUGUAUGAGCAGGAGUUGUAGCUAUGGAAAAGACUUCUAAUC